AUGCUUGACUAUAAAAAUUGUUAUGGAUGUGGAGACACUGGACAUAUUAGGAAAUAUAUUCCAAAACACAGUAACAGACCCCCAAUAGUUAGAGGUAGAGGUGGUCAUGGGAGAGGCCACCAUUUUGGAGAACGUGGUGGCCAAGGUAAUGGUAGUAACCAAAUCAGCCGGGGUAGCGGGCAAGCUGGAGUUACUGCAGCGCAACAUGGUAGGUACAACGGGCAGACAGGUUAUAGGGCUCAUUGUUAUGCUUUCCCCGGGAGCUCUGAAGCAGAGACAUCUAAUGUUGUUAUUACAGAUUGUAAUGCUAAAACUCUGACAUUUGCCAAGCCUGGGACAGAUCGGCUAGUUUGGGAUG